UUGUUUAGUUGUAGUCUUCUCAGAGUGGAAAUGUCCAAUUAUAGAACGUUUCGUUCAUUUAGGCCCUUUAGGUCAUCUAUGUAUUUGUUGAUUACAUAUGCCUUUUAAAGAGACGUGACGAAACAAAAGUGCCAGCAGACAUACACAUGCUGAGUUGCCAAUUUUAAAUUUAGUCUCUAGAUACUUCUUUUACAUUAUACAGCUAUAUGAAUCUAUUGUGUUACUCAUUUACAAAUAUGUCACUGCAUUCUGAUUUUUGAUUUUCCAUCUAAACUGGCGUGAUAUAUAAUUACAGGAAAGAGUGAUGCUCCCGUGAAACGGACCGCCAGUAGGACCUGCCGAUACGUAACCACCGCUGAAUUGCUCCCGCCAGAAGGACCGUCAGUAGGACUCAUCGAUACGUAUCAGCCGAAACCUUUACCACCCACCACCACCACAUAUACUUGAGGAAAACCAACUAGGACUUCAAAUAUCUCACAUCAACCUCUGCCUGACCACAGCAAGCGACUGCUCAACCGGAGCAGACCCUUGAAGAACCCAGAUUUAUUUUAAUGUCUUCGGAAAAGAAAGAUCGAUUCAAUGCAUGAAAAAUACGCAAAGGUAUGUUCAUACCGGAUACUUUAAGAGGCUGUAUGAUUGAGACGGACGUUUCUUCUUAUUUGCAAACAUCAUCAACUGGACAAGAUGAAUUUCACCCCUUUAUUGAGGCACUUUUACCAUACGUUAAGUCAUUUUCCUACUCUUGGUUUAAUUUGCAAGCCGCAAAACGAAAAUAUUAUAAGAAACAUGAAAAAAGAAUGUCAUUGGAAGAGGAAAGGCACUGCAAGGAUGAACUGCAGAAUGAAAAGACUGAAGUCAAACAAAAGUGGGCCUCACGAUUGCUUGGAAAACUUCGGAAGGAUAUUACUCAAGAAAGUCGGGAGGACUUUGUUCAAUCUAUAAUCGGCAAGCGCCAAUCUAUUUGUGUGCUUUCAAACCCUGACCAGAAGGGAAAAAUGCGUCGCAUUGACUGUUUGCGACAAGCUGACAAAGUAUGGAGGCUUGACUUGGUCAUGGUCAUUCUUUUUAAAGCAAUUCCAUUAGAAAGCACCGACGGCGAGCGCUUAGAAAAAAAUCCAGACUGCCUACAUCCAGGCUUGUGUGUCAACCCAUAUCAUAUAAAUGUCUCUGUAAGAGAACUUGACUUAUAUUUGGCAAACUUUAUAAACACUCAUAAUUCAGUUUCACAUUCAACCUUAAAUUGUUCCACCAUGGUACGCUCAAUAUCACGAUCCCCUCUGUUGACAUUAUAUAAUCGUAGUGAUUCAUCGAAUAAAAAGGAUGAUGGUGAUGAUUUGAAAAAUGAGAAAAUUAAGCACAACCCUUAUAAUGGGGUGAUGUGUAACGAUAUUAUUUUAGCAACUGGAGUGUUUUCAUCCAAAGAACUAUGGGAAUUAUCUAAAGAAUCAAUUUUGGAUGAAGUAAACGAUGGAGGUUUGGACUCAAGCCUAAUAAAAAGGGAGAGUGUUGGGGCUACCUAUGACUGCAAUACAUAUCAACUUAGUUCAGAAACUUCAAUGCCCGGUGUUCAGGGUAUAGUUCAAGUGGGAUCAGCUGUGACUAACCCCAUACCCAUCAGUUAUGUUAAUUUUUUAGAUCAAAGGAGUAUGCUUAUGCCUCAAAAUACAUUAAUUCGUACUCAAGGAACAAGUGUCAACGCAAAUGAUCAUAAUGAGAUCGAUAGAACUCAUUCCCCAACAGUUAUAAAUGCUUCAUCAGAAAAUGGCCGUAAUAGUUUUUCAAUGCUUCAAAGGGCGACAGAUAGUAGCAGCUUAAGUGAAGAGCCAAAGUCAGCAGAAUCAGAAUCUUCCCUUCAUCGCUAUUCAUCGCUCCAUAAUAGGUCCAUACCCCAAGGUGUUCAACAUCAUAAUUCCUCUUCUAUGCAUUCAUCACCGGCCAGUGCCCUAUAUUAUCCACAACAAAGCAAUCAACGAUCACAAAUAACUACAUUGGCUGAAGAUCAAAAUCGCGUUACUGAGCCCCACGAUAUUUCUGAAUUUGUUACGUAUGUGUGUCAGGAUUCUAAUCACAAUACUAUUACGGGUUCAGUUGGUAAUAAUACAUUUCAACAUGGACCAGCAUCACAUUUUCAAAUACAUCAACAGCUCCGCAGCGCGAAAUUAGCGUCUUCACCGUCGACUCAUUACCAUAGUACGAUGCUACCGCCUAUGCUCCCGCCAAUGGCGCGACCAGUAGCUAUAAUUCGAAGCAGCGGAGAUUUGACUUUAGUUCAAACACCAUCGCCUGCCAUAAACUCCGUUAAUAGUUCCCCCAACGUGACGAGCAACAUAUCAGACGUAGCUAAAAGUAACUCGGAUUCGGAAAACAAUAGAUCUCUAGAUACAAUAGAGACCAAUACUAGACCAAUAACUUCGGAUACUAUUCAACAAAACGUUCACAGUUCUGAAAACGAAUUAAUAGGUGGCUCGUCCCCUCGACCGCAUGCGAAUGCUUCGACUUCCCCAAAUCCACAAAAUUAUAAUGACUCUGGUCGGUGCAAAGCUUCAUCGGCUGGUUUAAACUCAGUAAGCAGAAUAACCGCACAAAUGUAUUCUUCCUCAAAUAAUAGAGAAUAUUUUAAUCAUUUUCAUUCACAAGCGUCCCCGCUUUUGGGAUAUACGGGCCCUAUUUCCACCAUGUCUGGAGCUGUAAGCCCCACAAAUUUGAGCCUUUAUUCAGCUCCAAUGGCUGUUACGCGUUCUAGUACGCGGGCACGUUGGAACGAAGAAGAGCUGAAUGUAAUAUCGCAUUCUAUAUCUAGUACAAAUAUAGAAAAUACUCAAGUAAUAUUAAUGGAUGAUGCAUCGGGGCGCUAUAUUGAAGAAUACGCGAGCCGUGACUUUGAAUCAUGAUGGAAACAAUUUUAUGAUUUACAGUACUCUUGAUUUAGAUUGUAGAAAAUACGAGUAAUUUAAGUAUAAAAUGACAAACACUCUCAAAAAAUAUUUUUUUUCAUAAAACGAAAAUUAAUACAUUUUUAGGUGUGCUUUAAGUAGGAAUAACGAAGGAGCAGAGUUUAUAGGAGCUCUUUCUAUUAUUAUAAUGCAGCCGUGAUACGGUUUAGUUUUUUCCAAGUGAAUAUAACGCAAGGAAGCAGAGAGUUUAAACUCAUAGAGUAUAAUUUUUUAUAAGCUUAGAUUAUUAUAUAAGAGCAUCAGUUUUUAUCAGGGCAAUGGGCGCCUCUGUUAAAGUAAAGAAUUUGUUUUUCAUAUUCUAAUAUACGUAUAUAUAGAUAGUCACGGGAGCCACCGAAAUCGCUUCCGCUCGAAAACUUCAUCCUGUGGCCCCACUGAAAUUUUUGAGGGAAACGGCUUUCAGCUGAAUUAAUUCUGCUAGCGAUGUUGCUCCCCUGAUUAUAUUCUAUCGAUUAUAUUUAGCAAUAAAGAAAAAAAACGGGAUAUGUUUACUACAUCCUAUAGCUGUAAUAUAACUUAACUAUCGGAACUGGUAAUUCCUGCGUAUGUUUUCUUAAUUUAUGCCAUAAAUACUGCAUGCUUAUGUUUUCUUAAUUUAUGCCAUAAAUACUGCAUGCUUACCUAAUUUUAUACAAAAUUAAAAAAAAAUAUACUAAUUGAAGUUAAUAUAAAAAGGUUAGUAUAAAGAGCUAAUAACUUUUAACAAUUUUGGUUCAAUAUUUUUGUUCUUUAAACACUUUCGACACUUUUCAUUUCGGUUUCGGUUCCACAGGUAAUAAUUACUUUGUUACAUAUCUCAUACAAUUGUGUUAAUUUUCGCCCAAAAUAUGUGAUAACAAUUUUAAAUAUUCUUACAUAUAUAUAUUUUCAUACGCAAAAUAACCCUAUUUUCAAAUUAAUAAGAUUAGAAUAUGUUUUUAAUGUUGUACCUACUUAUAUACGAAUAUUUCGUUAUCGAAAUGGAUAUCCGAUAUUUUGGGCUUUGCGCAUUCGUCACUGGUAAUUUCUUUCGUUAAUUGUUUACCCUUAUUACGUAAUAAUGUUUGUUUACCCUUACAGAUUGCUCUAUACUUUUGUUCAAAAUACUUUGCCACGCUAUUAAGGGGACAUCUCCGUCCCUAUAGACUAUAUAGUAUAGAGUAAAUAUAUAUUCCUUAUCGUCAUCGCCUCCAGAGUCGAUAUAAGGUUGUAAGUCUGCAAGUUUCGACGCUACUGUUUCAGUUUUAAAAGCAACGGUUUCAAACAGAAAGGGUGUGGAAUGGUAGAAGAGGUACCUGGUCUGAAAUUGCCGGUAAACUCGACUAUAGCCGUCGAAUUAAGUCAUAUAAGCAAUGUAAUACCUAAUAUUCAAAUUACAUAUUAAAUACUUUUGGGAAAGCCGACUCAAGUCUAUGACUCCUAUAAAAAUAGUUCGAUUUGGCCUAGUUAUUAUAAAUAUGAAUAUAUGUAUUUAGGGUUAUUAUGCAAUUAUUAGUAUUAUAUAAUAAUAUUUUACCGCUGAAAUUUUCGAGUGCUCCCCGGCAUUUUAGACUAACGAUUUAAAUUCUUGAAUUAGGCCGGAAAUUAUAUUCUUGUUUCGGCCGCCGUUCGUAAUAGAAUUUCUGGCUAAUACAACCAAAACUUAACUUCAUUUGAUUUUUCUAUCGCUAACCCGAAUAACUCCAACUCUGAUAUUUAUAAAAUAAGUUAAAAUGUUAACUUUUAUUCUCAUUCGCAUCGCAGGAAUAGAUCCCAGAUUGUUUAAACGAAGAGUAGGAGAAAGAUAAGGCGUUUAAUAUAUGCGAUUUAAGAUUGUUAGUGGA